UAUGCACUCGUACAAAUGCUUUAAAAACAGCUGAAGUCCAUUUUAAUUUCAUUUUAUACGAAAUAUAUUUGUAGGUGUUUAAGUCAGCGUAUAUUCCAACGAGCAUGGCUGACGACAAAAUGAUAAGAUAUUGCAAAAUUAUCAUUGCAAUAAGGCAAGUUCUGACAUUAACUCUACAGGAUCUACUCAGUAAAAAGAUUCCUCCUACAGAUAUUUUCCAAAGGGUUAGUAAUGGAACCAAAAAACAAAAGGAAAACGUCAAGAAUCAGAUGCCAUUGAUAGAAGCCGCGGCGAAUGAGGAGGACUAUAGUUCACUAGAUAUAACGCUACUUUAUUCUCUGCUGAGGAAUUUCACAGACGUCUCAGAACCCACUGAGGGAUGGAGAAAGGAACGAAAGGAUGGUUUUAUAAGACUUGGAGACGACAUUGAGAGAAUUCGACAUAUGCGCAACAAUUGUGUUCAUGGUCCGUUUUUGAAUCAGUUAUCUCCGGACAAAUUUGAGGAAAUCACAACAAAUAUGAUUGGGAUCUGUGAUCGAAUGACGAAACAUAUCGGGGGCGAUUUAAACUAUUCCCAAUGUCUGCAUGGCAUUCUUAGGAGAGACUUAAGUUUUAACGACAAGCUAAAAACUCAGACGAAAAGAACCGUGGAACAUCUGCGACAAGACCAACUACAAGAAAUAAUUUCUAGGAAGAGAAAAAUGUCGGAGAUAAUACAUCGACAAUCCUCUCGAAAAAGAUUAAGAACCUACCCCAGAAACAGACGUGUAUCUGCACCAGACUAUGCAGAUGUGAGGGCAGCAGUACUGCGUCAGUUAAAACAAACCUGUUCUAGAAGAAAUCUACAGAAACCAAAGUCCAUCUUAGUGAUUGGACAAGCAGGAGUAGGAAAGUCGUCUUUUAUCAACUCCUCUACCACGGCCAUGACAGGAAAAUAUUGCCCGUAUGCUAAAUCUGGAUGUGGCGAGAAUGUUACCGCAGAAAAUAACGUGAUACGCUGUAGCAAAUACGGACACAGUAAAACAAAAGACUUAUUCUUGCCCACCUUUAUGGAUAUGAUUGGUCUGGAUAAAGUAUUCUCAACAGACAAUGAUAAACUGGAAGAGUGGCUUGCAGAUGAAAUGUUAGAAUCCCUUAUUGAUGGAACAUUUCCGGAUAAUACGGAUCUCUGGAGUUACUCAAAGAGACGCAUGGGAAAUUACGUCCCUGUUGAUGACAGCAAUGUAGGAGUUUUUAUUGAUAUCAUCGUAAUGGUGUGGGCAUCGAAGUUUGGUAGUUCCCUCCAUAAGAAAGUUAUUAAAUGUAUAAAUCGGCAAAGGAAUUUCAAGGGACAGGACAUUCCUGUGUUUGUCGUUUUGAGCAAAAUGGACGAAUGUGAUCUUGAAGCGGAGGAUUUGAAGAACACAAAUGCAUAUGUGAACAGCUGAAAAUUGAAAACAGUCACAUUCUGGAAUUUGUGAAUUAUAUUGAUAAUCAAGGUUGGAAUAAUGAUUUCCAUUCAGAGAUACCCAUUUUGCAAUUCUUGAACAAGUCAGGUGGUUAUUUUCCUCCAUAUCAAAGUAUUAAAGCUUCUCAAUAUAAUAAAUGAGGAGAAUUGGAUUUAUAAUACAUGUAUCGUGCUUUGUUGCUUAUGAUGUGUAGUGAAUUGAAUUGCAUAAAAUGCUUUUUGGUUAUCCCACCUCUGGUGUGUCCAGAGGUCCGUGUUUCCCCAACUAUCUAUUUUGUAUUG